CAACGCACAAAUGGAGAGCCGGCGUGUGACGAUCCGAGCAGUGUUGACGUGGGCGCUGGUGGCCGGUGCAGCGGCGAGCGUCUGGCGAGAAGACGACGUCGGCACGGCGAGGCAGACCGGAGUCGGUCCUUCAGGCACUGAACCUGCCUCACAGUCACCAUGGUCUCCCUACUACUGGUUCGGCGAGUCGAGCGUCAACGAAGCCAUGUCAGUCCUGUUCCCUGCGAUUGGAUCAGACCCCCUGGUAUGCAAGACCUCCGAGGACGAUAUUUACAAGACCGGCUUGUGCAUGCGGCUAGCUGACUGUCCUUACUACGGAGGCGAAGGAUACGGCUCUUGCGGGGGCGGCCUCGGAACAUGUUGUGUCUUCAGUCAGAGCUGCACGGGCACCACAAACAUGAUGGUAAGCCACUUCGUGAGCAAAACCUUCACGACGACAAGUCCUGGUGUUGGUGAGUGCAAGCUAACGGUGAACCCUCGACAUAACAACAUCUGUCAGUACAGACUGGACUUCGACUCCUUCAACAUCGCCCAACCAGACCCGUCCUCUGACUGUACCGAGGAUUUCUUUGGCGUCACUGGAGGCUCGCAUGCGCCUAAACUCUGCGGAGAUUUGACUGGGCAGCACAUUUACAUUAAUGCCGAGCCUGGCGGCGGUCCGAUCAUCUUAACGAUGGAUACGUCGAAGACUCUGGACAUGAAGAGAGACUGGAACAUCAAAGUGACUCAGAUUGAUUGCAAUUCCCCGUACCGAGCUCCUGCAGGCUGCUUGCAGUUCUUCAAUGAGACCUCAGGCAUGGUAAAGAGUAUGAACUUCAAAGGAAUCGAUCCUCCUGAUGAUGAAGGUCCAUCGUACUGGAGCAGAACAUCCACAACUCGCCGAACUUCUCAACCUCUAAGACCAGGUUCAACCAAAAACGAUAUAAAGACUAGUCAGCACGAAUCUUCUUCAAACGUUCUACUCAGUAGGGAGGAAUUCAUAGAACUGAAAAACAAACACAUUUUAGAACUAUCAGAACAAGAGAACGAUGAAUCAGUGUCAAACAAUAAAGUCCGUACUCAGCGAUCAAGGAGAACGUAUGAACAAGAUAUGCGUCAAAUCCAGAACCUCAACUACGGAGUCUGUAUCAACGCAAAAGUUGGCUACUGCGACCUUACAUGGACGCAGAGUAAAGCUCACGGCGCUUACUCCUUCACAAUGAGUGGUGAUGGAUCAGUCCCGGCCUCAGAACUCAAGAGCGAAUUUGGAGUAGAGAAUUGCGUGACGGAUUACGUGAGCAUCAACGGAGGCGUCUUUGUUGACGAGGCGAGCGACGCGCCCAUCCACGCAGUCCGCUACUGCGGCACAAAAUUCCCGGAAGUCAAAACCAAAGCGCAGCCGUACGUGCUCCACGUCACGACGGACGUCGACGAAGGAAAUGACCGGAGAAACCUCGGAUUUGCCAUCAAUUUCCGCCAGAACUUAUGUUAAUUUAAGUCAAAGCAGAUGUAAAUUAUUGAUAAUUUCUAGUGAAAUUUAACAAGCAACUGAUUAAACAUUUUAGCUUUAGUAGCAACCAGUUCACAUUUAGGCCACUUUUCGAAUCAAUGUUUAUAUAUAUUCGAUCUGUUAUUUCUGAAUUUAUCAAAAAAUCAUAAUAAAAACAAGAAAAAAAUACUCUCCAGAAGAAAAAGAGAUCGUCAGGUAAAUGCAAUGUCCAUAGUAUCAUGUAUUUAUUCUAACUAAUGAACAAAGCUAGGCACAGUAAAUUAAUUCCAGCUAAAUGUAAGAAUUUCUUUGCAUUAAUCAUGUUCUGAUAAAAAAUUUCUCAUAAGUAACAUAAUGGGAAAAAUUAGAUUGAAUUGCGAAGCUUACAUAAAAUGGACAGUUAAUAAACUCUACAUGAUAUAUAUAAAAAGCUCCAACAUUGCAUAUGUAUUUUAAAUCAUGUUUGCGAACGCUCAAGCCUGCGAGAGUUUAACUCUUGAGAAUAGCAUUAACACAUUUAAAUGGGGCAUGAAUCUCUUCACUUUAUUCACUUCAGUAACUUUACAAUUCCCAUACUUUGAUUGUGUGGCUGUCGUAAAACAUUUGUACCUCUGCAUUGCCUGCUGUUCGUUCUUAUUUAUAUAAAUACAUUAUGUAAAAAC